UGUAGUACUGUCUGGGUCGAUAUUCAUUUCAAAUAAGUCUCAAAAUGUUCAAAUAUUUGUUGGCUUUACUAUUAACCAUCGGCCUUGUAAUAGCUGUUACAAUAGCAAUAAUAUUAAAACUUCUAAAAAAGCCUUUUCAAAUAAUGAAGCUACCGCACCUUGCAUUCAAAAAUGUAAUCAAUCAAAUGGCUAUUAAUGAUGUAGUCACUAUGGCUCAGACCUCAAAAAACGUUCGACGUAGAUUAAAACUCGUAAAUCGUAAAAUUUUCAACGUAAUCAUUGAAUGGCACGCAGACUUUUCCCCCAAAAAAAUUGUUCCCUAUUACCAAAGAAUAAUAGUUAUGGGAACAGAGAGAGAUAUGCAAUAUGUAUAUCAUUUUAUGAUGAAUAAGGCCCAAAAACAAGGAAUUGAGUGGGCAACUCACUUUGACGUAAACUUUUAUAUAAACUUCUUUUGCACGCACUACAAUAAAAUGAACGUUUUGCCAUGUACGUCAUACAAAACUUCACAAGAGUUAAUCAGUUACUUGAAUAUUUUGAACGACUCAUUUUCAAUCGAUCAUGUCGAUUUGGCAAUUGACCGUGAUGAGAUCUAUGGGGAGUUUCAGUCCGCGUUGAGUUUUGAAAUAUGGAUUCUUACAUCGCUGUUUACAAAAACGCGGAUUUGACCGAAAACUGUGGGCCGAUAUUCCACGAUUGGAUUUCCAACGAGACCCAGAUUUAACAUUGGACGAUUUGAAAGUAAUGAAUUUCGAAAAGAUUUAGUUUUUUUGAUUUGUUUUCAAUCUCAUCGAGGAUGCUCAACGAGUACAUUAGAUACUGGUUAGCUGGCAACUUACCAAAAAUGAGAAGGUUUCAAUUAAACUACUGGUUUGAAGAAUGGACUCUCAACUUAUUGGUUGGUUUACCGCUUUUGGAAUGGGAUCCAAAACGGCGAGCAAGAAUUUUCUGUGCAUAGUUGCAUCAAAUUAAAGGUGGGAGUAGCGAAAUUGUUUGAUUGGACUCAACAUUUUCUGAAAAUACAAAAGGCUGUUAGUGAACUUGUAAUUUGUAUGUAAAUGUACAUUAUUUUGUGUUUCACUUUUCGGAUUAUGUUUCCAUUCCAAUUACAGAUGAAUAAAA